AUGAUCAUACUCAUCACUGCGGUUUUCUCGUCUCUAGUUACAGCUGGGAUAAUACUUUUACCCUCGGCUUUCAAGAAUGAAGCAGUAGAUGCAGAACCCAUCAGUGAGCCUGACGCUGAGUCGCCCUUGGUUUGGGAGCCUCCCGAAGUCUGGAAGUGCAGGGAUACGCCGUACAGAAUCGGUGAAGCAGCAUAUCCUAUUCCUCCUCUCGGUAGAGAAAGUGUCAUCAACAUCGUCGAGGAAGCCUGGAGCAACGACUCGAAAACCACCGCAGCAAAAGAUGUCAAGGUUUUUGGCGACAUUGUUGUCCGCAGCUCUCGUGGCUUGGAGAGCCCAGCGGUGUCUUUCGAUGGGUUCUCCAACGAUCCAAGCAUCCGACCUCGUCUGAAUAUCAAUUCUGGACACCUCACUCAAACAUAUUACCUUACAGGGCCCCCAUCUCUUUUGGACUGGCCAGACGAUGGCAGCUCGCCGUGCUACCAGGGACGCAUUACUUUGUGGCUGCCUGCGGGUAGCACCUACAAAUCUUCGGCACUCGUAUCAGAGCAUUUUAAUGUGGUACUUACAGGUGGCCUCAAUGUCUCUACCACUGAUGACUUUGUUGCUGUAUCGGAUGAUGGCAAUAUAGUUGCCCCCCACAUCAUGACUGUGGGCGAAAGACCGAUAGCGCCGUACAGGCUGCAGUCGCCAAAUUGUCUCAUGGUCUCAGGAAUGGGUAGUGUGCAAGGUUGGUUCCCAUUGUACAAUCGCCUCACACUAGCGUCGGGAUCUGGCGACGUCAGUGCGCAGGUUGGGCUCAAGCUGCUGGACUUGUUGCACGACUCAUCGGCAGAAUUAGUGGCGACCUCACGCAAAGGCAGCGUCAAUCUGGCUGCAGAGCCACCACAGAGGGACAGGUCUGGCGGAAGAGACGGCAGAUUUCCCCUAAGGGACUAUGCUUCCGUAAUACAGACGAGAGCUGGCAACAUUACUGCUCAGCUGGCUAUAGGCUCGCGUACUGAAAUCGAGACGGUCUCUGGAAACACAGAACUCGACUUGCAGCCCAUUCUCGGCUUUGAGACUCGAACAUGGACCCGUUUUCCGAUGCUCAACACAAUAAUGACAAUCUCAUUCAGACAAGAAGCCGUCAUACAAAAGGAGCAGUGGGGCAAUUUCGAGACACGACAUACAUCAAACGGUGGUGACCUGCUCGUCACGUACCCGGACAGCUGGACAGGCCUCAUCAACUGGCAGGGCACGGAAAGCGGGCGAGUGAGUUUUAUCGCAGAUGAGAUAACAAUUCUCAGACAGUGGGGAUCCCCCAUCAAGCACAUCGAGGCCCGACGUGGUACUGGCCGCUCGGUCGUUAAUUUGGACAACCAGGGAGGAGCAGUAAUACUGGCGAUAGGGAGAGAGAUAGCACAGAACGAUACGGAACUGCUGCUCUCUGGUCUAGCGUAA